AUCGGCCUUUUUGUCUGUCCUUCGUGUCUCUCACUCAUUUGCCUUGCGCCCGAGAUCAUCAAGGCCUCUCUUGCUGAUCGGAGAGGCAUUUCAACACAGGCUGGUCGUGUCCAGCCCGCACACACGCAGGACUCCCUUUCCUUCACUCUUUUAAUUCGCUCUCUUCACUGCUGCAGGUUACAGCUGCGAGCCUCGAGGCUCCAUCCUGUGAUGGGACAAUCGACGUUAUAGAAAUGAGAUUACCGUCUGUGUCCACUCUUGCGGCGUUUGUUGCAAUUCUUAUCCAGUCACAAGGUGCCUUCGCAAUCUCCAGGAUCUCCGCCGUUGGCUCCAAGUUCUUCAAUGAGGAAGGAGAGCAAUUCUUCGUCAAAGGAAUCGCAUACCAGCUCACCCCGCAGGAUCCUCUGGUCAACACCACGCAGUGCUACCUCGAUGUGAAACUGAAGGAGGAAUUGGGCGCCAAUGCAAUUCGAGUCUACCAUGUCAACCCUGACGGUGAUCAUGCCGGCUGCAUGAAGGCAUUCGCCGAUGCGGGAAUAUAUCUCUUUGUUGAUCUCGACGAUUUCCCAACACAAAUUGACCAGAAUCAUCCCGCGUGGGAGGAAACACAAUUCGAUGCGUUCAAAGGGACCUUGGAUGAGUUUCAGCAAUUUGAAAACACCGCUGCUGUAUUCGUCGGAAAUGAGGUUUUGAACACAAAGAAUGGCUCGCAUGCAGCUCCUUACAUCCUUGCAGCGGCUCGGGAUAUCAAAGCGUACCGUGACCCUAAAAGGUACCGGAAUAUUCCAGUGCGCUAUUCGGCAGCCGAUAUCGCCGCGUUACGACCAAUGUUGCAGAACUAUCUUGUCCGCCGGUCGAAUGCCUCUGAAACAUUGGUCUUUUUCGCCCUGAACGCGUACGAAUGGUGUGGAGAUUCGACUUAUACGCGCUCCGGCUACUCAAACCUCCUAAAACAGGCUGAAGGCUUCCCAGUGCCAAUCCUCUUCUCGGAGACCGGAUGCAACACUGUCCGCCCAAGGGAGUUCCAGGACUUGACCGCCAUUUACGGGCCCAAGAUGGCGGGAACCUGGUCUGGUGCAGUCGUCCAUGAGUGGAUCCAAGAAGCAAAUGACGACGGCCUGAUAACAUACGGCAAAGCUUCCCAGCAGGACGAUGAGAAGGACCAGUCUGAUACAGUUGUCGUAGAUGGAUAUUUCCGCCAAGGCAAACCAAAACCGAUCAUACCGGAUUUUCCUAAUUCAAAGUCCCGCUGGGCAACGUUGACUCCAGCGGGUGUGAACUUAUCGGACUAUUCGCGGAAGGCAUCCUCCGUCAUCGCUCCGCCACGUCCGGAUUCCACCUCUGGAUGGAAUGUAGAUCCCAGCGCUGAGCUGCCAAUCCUUGAUGAACCGAUUGCGACCCUGACUGCAGAAUUAAAACCCACCCAGACUGCAGACGGAGCAGCACCGUCACAUAAAAGCAGUGCAAGCCAAUUGCUUUCAUCACCCACUUCUGGAACGACCAUAUUUUCCCUCAUGGUGGGGGCUUUGAUUGCUCUCGGUGGAAUAAUUGGAUGGCUUCUCUGAAAGGGGGAUAAUUCAUUGGGCUGAGCCACCAUAGUUUAUCCCUCUCAGGUACCAUGGGAACCUGGCGUUGAAUGUCGUUCCAGUUAAGAAAACUACAGUGUGGAUUCCAAUUUAUGGACGAUCACGAGAUUCUCCUAUGUAAUACGGAUCAUACUGUCUGCUCUCAGGGUCUCUUCGGUACGCUACGUUCGAAACUAUGGAGUUGAAUACCCCUACUUUUUAACGAUUUCACCCAAUAUUACUGACUGGUUCGGUUGCACGCUACCUAAUGUAUGCUGUUAAUGUAUGUAUGAUACCAAUGGGCUGGCUUCAUGCUGGCAAUUCUAUAUUGCUUUGAGCUCCUUUGCA